CAUUGGACAGAGUUGGUCCAGCUCAUUCCAAGGUUUUAGGCAGGAAUAUUUCCCAGCCCUAUCUGGAGACUCCAGGGAUUGAACCUGGAAUCCUUUGUAUGCAUGUGAUCUACCACUGAUCCGUGGCCCUUUCCCACUUAGUGCUACCUAUUCAAGGUUUUCCAACAGGUAGAGAAGGGGAAGGGGAAUGUAGGAACGCUGGAUUUUUUCCCCCUGUUCAAUACUGCUACUAACAUCAAUAAUUCCAACAGUAAGGAUUACACAUUUAUGCCUGCUGGUCAACCUGAAAACCUUGAAGGAGUCAGAUCUGAAGACAUUCAAGGAUAAACUCAGCAUGUUCCCCUUCAAGGAAGGCUAUGUCAGUAUCCCCAAGGGGUUGCUGGAGGAAGCAAAUGUUUGGGAGCUCACAGAAUUGCUGCUCACCUACUGCGCUGAGGAUUAUUCGGUGGAGGUGGUGUCAGAGGUGCUGAAGGCCACUGAAUGUGAGCCCUUGCCAGAAUGGCUCUUUCGUCUCAUCGGGAAAGCAGAGCAACCCCCCAAAACGCAUGUUUCAAGGCACCGGACAGCUGUAGUAUUGUCUUCAAAAAUUAUUCAAGGUCUGGAGGAACUGGUUUCAUCAGAAAGAGCCACCAAAGCCAAAGGGUCAUUGAAAAGAUUUGGAUUCUUUAGUGAUGAGAUGAUCUGCAAGGGAAGAGAACAGUUGAUUGAAAUUAUUGAAGAGGACCUAGACUUUGUUUUGCACACCCUACACUCUUGCUCUGUCAUCACACUACAAGAAUACAAGGACGUUUUCAAAAUGGAGACAGAUUCUAAAGAGAAAAUUAAAAAAUUGCUAAGUAUAAUCCUGGAAAGGGGAGAACAAGCUUGUUGCCGGUUCCUGGAAUGUUUAGAAAUGUCAUGCUUGUUUAAAAAUAAAGUCCAGGUUUCUGGCCAGUCACUGCUGCAGUCUGAAUCUCUCCUAUUCAGAGAGGAAACGAGGAACCAGCAAAUGGUGCAUUCUGAAGAUCCUGGAGAAAGCGUCAUGUGCAUCCAUUGUCCCAGCGAGGAGCUUCCAGGAAAGAUAAGACCAGAGAAAGUUUGGGAUUCACAAAGGAGCGACGAAACUUACAGAUUUUGCUUCACUAAGGCUGGCUCCUUCCUUUGCUGUUGUACUGACCUUAUAUUUAAGGUAAGGGGAGCUGUGACCAUAACAUACCACUUUGAUUCAUGGCCUCAACACCUGCAUGAAUGGCAAAUGAUAGAGCUGGCUGUCGCUGGUCCUUUGCUCAACAUCCGAGCGGAUCCAGAAGAAGCUGUGGCAGAAGUUCACUUCCCUCACUUCUUGUGUCUUGCAGGUAAAGACAGUUCCCAUGUCUACAUAGCAUGUUUUGUUGAAGGAAAGAUGAGACUGGGGAAGCCAGAUAGCGUGCGGCCAUAUCAUGCUGUAUUGAAAGCCCCCAGCUUCUAUUCCUGUGGGGUCAUCUUCAAAAAGGCAAUGUUUAAACAAAAGAUUAUGGUCCACACCAUGGCACUGCUCUAUCAGGAGCUGGAAAUCUCAGUCCCAAAAUUCCACCUGUACCUCCUACCCAACGACUCUUCCCUAAGAAAGAAUGUCUAUAAAUUUGAGGAAAUGUGGCCUUCAAGGAGACUGUCAAAACCCUCUGGAGCACUCAAGCCUCUGAAGAUUGGCUCUCGCGUCUUCAUCCAAAAUUUAGACGGCGUCACAGUCUGCCCUGAGGUAGGAGACCAGAGGUGA